UUACACUGUAUCCCUCUCUUCCUCACGCGUUGCUCUCUUUCUCUCUCCUCUGGGCUCUCUGUCAUUCAUAACGUUAUUUUUCCCUCUCCCUCAUACUUUUUCCUCUCCGAAAUCAACAAUGGACACUGAAGGUUUGUCGAUAAUCUGUGCCGGGAUCGGUUCUUUUGAUAAAGAUGAAGAGGGUAAUAUUGAUUACAUCAAGGAAGAAUUUUGCUUAGAUAAUUUGAAGGAUUUGUUGAGGUAUUUGCACCGUGAUGAUCCGUCGACUAGGGAUGGGGAUCUGUUUAUAUUCCCUUUUUUUCUGAUUACGGCUGGAGUGCCACUCGCCGGACACUGCUGACUGCCGCCUGCGGAGGCCGGUCGCCACUAGCCCAGGACGGCAGAACGCCAGUCGCAAAGAAGCCCAGAACGGCAGAACCUUACUGGUUGAGUCGUAAAUUCACUCUGGUAAUUCCGUAUCCCAUCCCGUAAUUCCUGGAUACGCCACUGCUCCAAAGUUGCUGUAACCAAUGGGAUUUCCUCCGAGAAGGAUCAUGAUGAUUAUGAUUAUGAUGAUCUCCAUAGGGUUAAGUUGCUUCAUGAUGAUAAUGAUCAUGAUGAUGAUGGUAAUUAUUAUGAAGCAACUUAAUCCCAUGGAGGGGAAGAAGGUGGCGACAAGGAAGGGUGGCAUACUGGCAUGAUGAUGAUGUCCAUGGGCUUAAGUUGCUUCAUAAUCAUUACCUUCAAUGGAUCAUUGGAGGUUUCUUAAAUGAAUUAUCACGCGGAAAGCUGCGGAUGGUAGAAAUAUACCUUUGGUUACAUUUUUACCUCUACACCCGAGUGUAUAAUAUCGCAGAAUUUAUGGAACAUGAUGAGAAACCUCUUCCUAUUGAUAUACGUCUUCUUGGAGCUCUUGCAGAGAAGGUUAAUGAUGGACGUUUAUGUACUGCUGGGGAGACUUCCCAACGCAGCACCAAGGAUGAUUGGGCAGAAUGGAUGAGACAUUUCAGUAUUGAACUGCUUAAAGAAUCUCCUUCUCCAGCUUUGCAAACUUGUGCUAGGCUUGCACAGUUGCAGCCUUUUGUAGGGAGAGAACUAUUUGCUGCUGGUUUCGUCAGUUGUUGGGCUCAACUUAAUGAGACAAGUCAGAGGCAGUUGGUUCGACAACUAGAGACAGCUUUUUCUUCACCAAAUAUACCUCCUGAGAUUCUGGCAACUCUUCUGAAUCUGGCAGAAUUUAUGGAACAUGAUGAGAAACCUCUUCCUAUUGAUAUACGUCUUCUUGGAGCUCUUGCAGAGAAGUGUAGAGCAUUCGCCAAGGCUUUACAUUACAAGGAAACGGAGUUUGAAGGUCCACGUUCUAGAAACAUGGAUGCUAAUCCGGUUGCUGUCGUGGAAGCACUCAUACAUAUUAACAAUCAGUUGCAUCAGCAUGAGGCUGCUGUAGGAAUUUUGACCUAUGCGCAACAGCAUCUAGAUGUUCAAUUAAAGGAAUCAUGGUAUGAAAAGCUACAACGUUGGGAUGAUGCUUUGAAGGCAUACACAGCAAAAGUAGCUCAAGCAACAAAUCCCCAUGCUUUACAGGAAGCUACAUUAGGGCGAAUGAGAUGCCUUGCGGCACUAGCCCGUUGGGAGGAGCUCAACAAUCUGUGCAAGGAGUAUUGGACACCAGCUGAGCAAGCAGCUAGAUGGGAAAUUGCACCAAUGGCUGCUAGUGCUGCAUGGAACAUGGGUGAGUGGGAUCAAAUGGCAGAAUAUGUUAAAAGCCUCGAUGAUGGUGAUGCAACUAAAUUUCGCGUUUUGGGAAAUUCUUCCGCUACUGGUGAUGGAAACAGUAGUGGUACAUUUUUCCAGGCUGUGGUGUUUGUUCGGCGUGGAAAGUAUGAUGAGGCCCGUGAAUACGUCGAGAGAGCAAGAAAGUGUUUGGCUACAGAACUGGCAGCUCUGGUUCUGGAAAGUUAUGAGCGUGCAUACAGUAAUAUGGUUCGUGUUCAACAAUUGUCUGAACUAGAGGAGGUAAUUGAUUAUUGUACUUUACCAGUUGCUAAUCCAGUGGCUGAAGGACGCCGUGCACUUAUUCGGAAUAUGUGGACUCAACACAUACAUGGAGUGAAGUGUAAUAUUGAGGUUUGGCAAGCUUUAUUAGUAGUGAGAGCGCUUGUCCUGCCUCCAGCAGAAGACACCGAAACAUGGUUGAAAUUUUCUUCUCUCUGCCGCAAAAGUGGGCAGAUUAGUCAAGCCAAAUCUACAUUGAUUAAACUUCUGCAGUACGACCCUGAAACAUCUCCACGAAACGUACAUUACCGUGGGCCCCCUCAGGUAAUGCUUGCGUACUUGAAAUAUAUAUGGUCACUUGGGGAGGAUCUCAAGCGGAGGGAUGCAUUUGCAAGGUUGCAGGAUUUGGCUAUCGAGCUUUCUAGUGUGUCAAAUAUUCUGCCGACCUCUCAAACAGCAUUGACAAAUUCUUUAACUCCAUCCACGCCUCUUGUUGCCCGGGUAUAUCUGAAACUUGGCACCUGGCAACGUGAACUUACUCCAAUACUAGAUGACGAGUCUAUCAAAGAGAUAAUUGGUGCAUUAAGAAAUGCUACGCAGUGUGCACUUAAGUGGGGCAAGGCUUGGCACUCUUGGGCUCUAUUUAAUACUGCCGUGAUGUCACAUUAUACUCUUAGAGGUUAUGCAAGUACUGCAAGACAGUUAGUGGUUGCAGCUGUUAUUGGAUACUUCCAUUCUAUAGCAUGUGCCGCCAAUUCUAAGGGUGUCGAUGACAGUUUGCAGGACAUUCUCCGUCUUCUUACUUUGUGGUUCAAUCAUGGGUCAACUCCUGAAGUUCAAAUGGCUCUUCAAAAGGGAUUUCAACUUGAGUAGGACAGAAAAAGAUUGAGCAAUGAUUGCUAAGAUUAAGAUGAAUACAUCAGAUCAUAGUAGGUCUCUCUUGUGUUCAAGGUCGGGAGGUAAUGCACAAGGCAAUCAAGGUAUGCAUCCACAAAAGAAGCGUCCUUCAUGGGAUAUUGACCUUGGGGUUUUGCCGAGCAUCCAAGACUCUCUCAUGGCAUCAAAGCGUAUCCUCAAGGAACUCCGACUUCAUGCAGUGCUGGUUCUAUGACCAGAUGCCAGAGCCCAGGUGGGUUAUAUCUAUGGGAAGCUGUGCAAAUGGAGGUGGAUAAUAUCAUUAUUCAUACUCUGUUGUUCGAGCUACAGAAGAAAAUUAAGAGGUGCAAGGAUUUACUUCACUGGUGGACCAAUUUGACGAGAAUUCUAGAUUGACAACAGUAAUUUCAACUAUGGCCGGUAUCCUUAAGGUAUCCUCUACCUUUGUGCUAGUUAGUAAUCUCUCUUGUAUGUUCCUUUUAUCUUCAAGUAUGCUGUGUUAGAAUUUUUUGAUCUUCUCAGAGGCCUUUCUGCUGAUUCCGAAGACACUAUCAGAGCAUCUAUAGAUGCUUUGGGAAAGCAUGAAUUUAUUAACUAUUUUGGUCUACAGAGGUUUGGAAGAGGCUCAGUACCAACUCAUCUUAUUCGGAGCAGCUUACUUCGUGGAGAGUGGAAAGCUGCAGUUGAUUUAAUUCUUGAUCCAAGGGAGGGGGAUAUCCUUGCUUUUAAUUCUAAAUUGUACUGGACGAUUGAUCUUGUUAACUUCUUUCAGUUGUACUAUAUUUUGAAACAACAAGAGUCUUCCUUGACAAAGAUAUUGCAUUACAAAGGGAAGCUGUAAGAAAGAUUCGAGAACAUUACAAGGAAAGCAAUGAUGUUGAAGGAGCACUGAGGCGAUUACCACAUAAUAUAUGGUUGCGAAAAGAUCUGUUGUAUGUGCACAGUUACCAAAGCUACCUGUGGAACCACGCAACAAGCAUUAGAGUGCAGAAGUAUGGUCAUUCUAUGCUCUUAUUCAAGCCUUUCUCGAGAGGGAAAUUCCUAUUUUCUUGAUACAUGCCGACACACAAAAGCCAAUUAAGGUUUAUUUCAGAGUUGAGGCUUGGCAAUGUUUUUCAGCCGGCAAUAUUAUUUCCAGGUGUCUCUAAGCUGAUCAAAAUUUUCGAGUUAUCCUCUAGGUUAACGAUAGUUCCUGGGAUUGGCAUUGGUCAUGCCUUAUUUACUUACCUUCCAUUUUGCCAAGAAGGUCACUUCAAGCAAGCAUGUGAGUUAGCUCCUAUUUUUGUAUGAACUCCUACAUAUGUUAACUGAAUCUUCUUCCAUAUGCAUUUGAUAGUUGAAGUUCCAUAAGCUCUAAUUACGUGAUUUAACAGUUGCAAUACAUAAUGAACACAGUAUAUAUAUACUUAUUAUAUGCAUUUGAUGCAAAUGGUUUUGAGUAAUUGUUUACCUUAUCUUCAGAUGCCCAAAGCUUGAGAUUCUUUCAAUCAAAUGCAGUCAGUGUGUCUCUGAUGCUGCUCUGAUUGAGGUGGCCAAAAGGUGUUCUAUGCUGAAAGAACUUGAUAUUAGCUACUGCCAUGAGAUAUCUCAUAUGAUCUGAGGAAGGCUGGAGGAAAAAGAAAAAGGAGGAAGAAGAAGAGAAUGUAGGAGGAAGAAAAAGAAGGGAAACUAUGGUGGUUGUGGUGAGGAGAGAGAGAGGUGCAGUAAGAGGAGCAGGCGGCGGGAGGGAGGAGACCGAAUGAAGCAGGGAGAAGGAAGAAAAAUGAAGGGGGAAAUGAGAGCUAAUGUAAUAAGUUGAUCUCGCCAAUUUUCCCCCCUAUGCUCAUAUGCUUUGUUUUUGCUAGGUUAUUGGAAAUAUGAGAAAAAAUCAGAGUGGAUAUUUGAAAAAUAAGGAAAAGAUGCAAUAUGUGGGCAUUUCUCUUGUGAGUUAAAUACAAAAGAUUUGAAGAUUCAGUAGGACAUUAGUCUUAUUUCUCAAAUGAAUACCAUGUCUUUCCCUUGAUAAUGUGGCUUGCCUAUUAAUCUAUAGCUUUUUUUUCUC